AAAUACUCUCAAACCACGUAAAUUUCUCAGUCGUUAAUCUCUCCCUCCUUCUAUCAACCGUUGUUCUUAUGGCUUCUCCUUAUUAUUAGCAACCUUAUAAUCCAUCUCUCUUCUUCUCUUCCAACUUUUGUACCCAAUUCGAGUUCUCUGAUCUUCAAUUCAUUGUGUUUUUUGCUCUUCGAACUCUCCUCCAAGGAAACUUGGGUGUGUGUAGUACUUAAUUAUCUCACAAUCUCUUCACUUUUAGUACUCCUCCACCCUUUUUUCCUUUCCUUUUUGGAGUGAUGGAUCCGGCAGAGUCGCGCCGGGUUUUCCAAAUGUUCGAUAAGAACGGAGACGGGAAGAUCACAAAGAAGGAACUGAACGAUUCGCUAGAGAACUUGGGUAUCUACAUUCCUGAUAAAGACUUGGUUCAAAUGAUCGAAAAGAUAGACGUGAACGGGGACGGGUAUGUGGACAUCGAUGAAUUCGGGGCGUUGUAUCAGAAUAUAAUGGGGGAGAGGGAUGAAGAGGAGGACAUGAGGGAAGCAUUCAACGUGUUUGAUCAAAAUGGAGAUGGGUUUAUCACAGUUGAGGAACUGAGGUCUGUUUUGGCUUCAUUGGGGCUGAAACAAGGAAGAACAAUAGAGGAUUGUAGGAAGAUGAUAAACAAAGUUGACGUUGAUGGAGAUGGAAUGGUUAACUUCAAGGAGUUUAAAAAGAUGAUGAAAGGUGGUGGAUUUGCUUCCCUGAGUUCUUAAUAGCAGAGAGAGAAUGAAUUAAGUACUUGUUUUUUUGUUUUGUUUUUGGUAUAAUAGAUUGGAGGUGAAACCAGAAAGAAAUGAUUAUUUGGAGUGCCCUUUUGACAGAGGAAACCUCCUGUAAACAUUUCAUUUGAAAGAGCAUCACAAGUGUAUUGUCCUCUUUUUUGUUUUAUGCUUUGGAAAUUCUCUGGUGUUUCUUUGUAUUUUCAGCUUAUUGUCCAUCAAGAGUGUGUCAUUUUUGAAUAUGAUGUGAAAGUAACUUUUAUUGCAAUUGAAUCCAUC